CCUCUUUCCCUCCCCUACUUCCGCAUAAUUAUUUCAACAAUCUAGCAAUGAGCAAUCUGGUGCAGCAUGCACGCGGCCUGCCGCUGGUGACAAAGGCGGCGGCAGCAGUGUAUUUUGUGUUUUCUUCGGCGUCGCUUCUGCUGCGGUUACGAGUGGAGCCAGUAAUCAGCGAUGACCCUAUACAUUUGGCAGGACUCGACCCGGCGCGGUUCCUGCUGCUGCGCCCCGGGUUCAUCAUCAGCUACCCGUGGACAGUGGUGACGACAGCGUUUGUAGAACCCAACAUUGUCUUUAUGCUCUGCGGGCUGGCGGUCCUGGUGACGGUGGGCGGCUUCCUGGAGCGGCAGUGGGGGCCUCGGCACUAUGCGCUGUUUCUCCUGGUGGUUGGAGCGGUGCCCGUGGUCACAGCGGUCCUGGCGGUGAUUAUUGUGUGCACAGUGCGGGCUGACUCGACGCUGCUGUAUACAACGCAGAUUGGCGGGCUGGCGGCCAUGGUCUCGGGGUUCGCAGUGGGUCUAAAACAGCUGAUCCCCGACUACAACGUCAAGCUGUUCCGCGGCUCAAUCGGGUUCCGCAUGAACGACCUGCCCGGAUUCUACACGCUAGUGGCGCCAAUCAUGUUUACGCUGCUGGGCAGCCUGGGCGGCGUACUGCUGGUGAACAUCGGUUUCUUUGAAGCGUUCGUUUACCUGAGAUUCUACAAGCGCGACGGGCCGAUCCACGGCGACCGCAGCGACGCGUUUGCGUUUGGCACGUUUUUCCCCGAGUUCGUGCAGCCGGUGGUCAGACGGAUUGCGAAUGGCGUGUAUUGGGCAGCAGUCAAGUGCAGGCUGGUUAUGUCCGACGAAGGGUACCAGCAGGCCAUUGAUCUGGAGUCGGGCGUGCCUGUGAGGACUAAUCCGGAGACAGGCGAAGUGCUGGUGGGUGAGGAGAGCGAUAAGGACCGGCGGCGGGCGCUGGCAGCGAGGGCGCUGGAGGCGCGGCUCGAGAACAUGGACACAGCGUCAUCGUCGGCGGCAGCAGCGGCUUCGGGAAGCAGCGGCUCAGCAGCAGAGGCCUUUAACAAGUAG